GUGAAUAAUAAUAGGACUGAAAAAUGAAAUUCACAAAAACUCAAAUAUUUUUUUUUUUUUAAAAAAUUGGAAUGUUAGCAGAUCAGUGAAAAUCAAUACACCCAUCGGCAUGAGCAAGUGCCGCGUCAAUCUCACGCUUCUGGAUUCGACCACUGAAACUCACUCUCGUCUUAGAGCUUUCAUGGCCAAAAUUAGAUCUGGGAAACGAGACUUGCAUACUUACACCAUUAGAGGCACGGAUGAAGUUGUUAAAGCUGGAGACUGUGUGUUGAUACGUCCUCCGCCAGAAAAGAGCAGUGCUCCUCCAGGUGUGGCACAUGUGGAGGGAAUUGAAGCCGAUGAUAGUGACAAUGUGAAACUGCGAGUUAGGUGGUACAACCGCCCUGAGGACUCAUGGGGAGGGCGGAGGGAGUUUCAUGGGGCAAAAGAGCUAUUCCUUUCAGAUUGCUAUGAUCUCCAAUGUGCCAAUGCUAUUGAAGGGAAGUGCACUGUUCACACCUUCAAGGCCUAUGUUAAUAAACUGCCAAAUGUGGGGCCAAAGGAUUUUUAUUAUCGGUUUGUGUAUAAAGCUGCAACCGGUACCUUUGUACCCGACUCAGUCAUAGUGUAUUGCAAGUGUGAGCUUCCUUAUAAUCCAGAUCAGUGGAUGAUACAAUGUGAGGAGUGCAAGGACUGGUACCAUCCUUCAUGUGUGGGCAUGUCUGUUGAGCAGACAAAAGAACUUGAUCAGUAUGUUUGCUCUGAUUGUGUAUCUGAUCAGAAUGUGAAUAACCUUGAGGACACAGAGUCUUCUUCUUCAACAAUAACUAAUUAACAGGUAGGAUGAAGACUGGCCAAAGCUAAUGAAGAAUGGGGGAUUCUUAUUAGUUAUACCCUUGGGAGCGUGUUUUUUUUUUUAAUUUUGUGUAGAGAAAUGGAAUGUCAUAUCUUCUCUACGUUAACCUGGUUAGUUAUGGUCGCAUGCAUGAAUUAUGCUGUAAUCCAGUAAUUUUGUCAUUUUCUUAUUACUGCUCAUUUAUAUCUUGGAUAUACAGUAUAGUUCCUGCCUUUUAACAUCUGGUACAUUAAUUGCAAUCAGUUAUAAAUGACUCGGUUCUGGUCGGGUUAGUAUCAGUAAGUCUGGUUUUGGGUUCUGGUUCGGUUCGGUUUUAAACUGGAUUUGGUUUUGG